AUGGGUGAAUCAGAUUAUUCCUCUGGAAAAACACAGAGUGGAAAAGGGCUGCAGAGUAAGAGUCAGUUUAGGACCAUUGCACCAAAAAUUGCACCUAAAGUCCCAGCUUCCAAGGUGCUGCCAUGUCAAUCCCCGUCACUCUCCAAUCACCUCAGUCUGAGACCCUCCAUCAGCUCCAAGCCCUUGGUGAUGUCUCCCCAGAACUACACCGUGAUGCAAGUUGCUGGCCAUGAGGGGACAUUUUCUCUUGUCACUUUUCCACAUGUUGCCUCUGUGCAACCAAACCAGAAAACCAUGGUGUCCCUCCCUGAAAACCUGAAACUGCCCAUUCCUCGGUACCAACCCCCAAAGAGUAGCAAAGCGUCGAAAAAGAAGGCCAGCUCCUGCUCCUCCAAGAGUAACUGUAGUAAAACCCCUCUCCAGAUCCAAAUAUGUAUGCAGGGGUCCCCUCUCCCAGCCAGCCAUCCUGACCUCCCCCACAAAACCCUGUCGUCCAGGCAAGUGCUGUCACGAGAUGAAGCCCUGGUCACCAUCCACACAGAUGGAGGUGGCCUCAGAGACAGGCGAGCUCCUUCAGUACCCAACAGUGGGGAUGUGAACACGCUGGCAGCCCCACAGGCAUCUUCGUUGCAACAGGCCCACACAAAGGAUGCAGGAACAACAACCUUAGCCAGCAAGACAACCCUUGAUAAACCACCCACUGUUCAGCUUGCAAAAACCAUAGCUAGCCUGUCGCAGCCAGUUUUGGGCAAUGCCAUUCAGCCGAUCUCUUCAGUUCCUGACGGGAAGUUGUCCGCCUUACCCCACUCAAGAAUGAAGACAACAGAGACUUACAAAAUCGAGUCACAUGCUCACACUGAAGGAUUAUCUGUACCUGCGACUGGAGUGGACUGUGAUAAGAUGCGCUCCAGUGUCCACAACUCCAGCCCAGCCACCAAAGUGGCCCACAUGCUGCCUGCUCCUCAGGGGACCAGGCUGGGUCCCAGUGACUGUACCUUCUGUCCCUUCCCCAAGCUUGAGCUCAACCACAAACCAAAACUUAACAGCGGGGCUGGCAGGAGGAGAGCUAGGAAACAGAAGUUACCAGAUAACAUCACAACCUUUCAGGGGAAGAGGGGGAAAUGCAGCAUUAGUAGUAAGAGUAGAGAUGGGAAGGGAGGAGGAGAAAGUAAUCCACAGGAAUCCAAAAACAAUAAACCUCUGAAGAAGUACCGUAGCAUCAUGCCCAAGCCUGUACUGCUGGGCCCAGUCUGGACUUCCCUGGCUUCUCCCACAGCCAUGCCACCCUCACAGACCUCCUGCGGCCUAGGACUGGACCCCCUAGUGAAUCAUCUGUAUCUACUCACAACUAAAAGUGUGGGCUGCAAGGAGAAUGAAGGUCCUUCCACUAAGCCUGGCUUUGCCUUCCAGAAUGGGUGCUCCAGCCUAAAGAAGCCUUGGCACCGCUGUCAGGUGUGUAACCACCACUUCCAGUUCAAGCAGCACCUUCGGGACCACAUGGACACACACACCAACCGGCGGCCUUACAGCUGCCGCAUGUGCCGCAAGACCUACAUGCGCCCGGGCAGUCUGAGUGCCCACGUGAAGCUGCACCAUGCAGAGACCCGCCCCAGGAGGCUGGUGUGCUGUCAGUUUUGUGCAAAAGUCUUUGGCCACAUGAGGGUCUAUUUGGGCCAUCUUAAAGAAGUGCACAGGGUCCUGAUCAGCACUGAGCCCUGCCCCAGCAGCAGGAGACUGGAGAACAGAGACAGGAGCAUGAGGGGGCCUGAGGGAUCUGGGGCGAGGGAAAAUAAACCAAGCCUGGAAGAAGAUGUCUUUCUGAAUCAGGUGGACUCAGGCAAACUACAAAUCAAAUGUGGCCACUGUCAGACCACGACUCAGUCUUUUGCAGAAAUAAAGUUUCACUUACUGUAUGUUCAUGGAGAGGAGAUUCAAGACCAACUGCAGGGAGGGAUUUUACCUGGAAGUCAAGUUCAGGAAGAACUGGUUAAACAUGCUGCUCCAUACUGGAAACAACAUCCUGAGAAAAGAAAGCUAGUGAAGCAUUGCUGCUCUGAAGAGGGACUGCAUGCAUUUCCUAAAUUGAAAAAGCAACUCUACUUUCAUCAACAGAACAACAUGCAAAUACAAAUAAAAACUGAAGGAACUCAACCAGAAACAAGUGAGCCAGGGGAAGACACCCAAGGCCCUAAGAAUCCCACUUCUGACACCAUUCUUUUCUGCUCCCAUUCAGGCUUUAACUGCCUGCUCUGUGCACAGACCCUGGGAAGGAGAGAAGAACUUCUCCUGCAUUGGGAACGCCAGCAUAACUGUGAAGAUCCUUCCAGACUGUGGACUAUUUUAAAUUCAUUCUGUAAGCAGGGAGUGAUUGAUUUUUCCAGUAAGACUGAAAACUGA